CAAAGCAAACAGUCAAUACAGCAGAUCAAUUCGAAUAACAAAACUUCAAAUAAUUUUUCAUAGAAAAAAUAAUAUUUAUUUAUUUGUAUAAUUAUUAACAAUAACACUUUAUUCUAUACGCUAAUUGCAGUCUAGAAGGAAAAUAUUAUAAACUAAAAUGCCGGAAGCACUUGUAGCAGUACCACCACUUCAAAUACCUUCAGAGAAUUCUAGUGAAGUGGAAAACUCUUCAACAACCGCAGAGGUAACCGAUCGAUCCACCAACCGCCGCAAUGAUGAUCUUCAAGUGGGAGCUACUAAGAAAAAACACUCUGUGGAAUCUCAGAGCAAAAACAAAUUGCGAAAAUCGUAUGGAAAACGAUUCCAAAAGAAAACACAAUUGCGACCGUUAACUAAAAGUUCUCUGCAAAAGACAACAAGCGCACUUCAACUAAAAUCGCACAUACCAAGAGCUCUAGUGCUAACACCAUCUUCAUCAACAACUUCGCUAACAACAAACGAUUCCUUGCCAUCGCCAUUGUUACCCAUUGCCAGGACAGCAAGUCAAGAAAAUCAGUUGGAAGCGAAAAUCAGUAGCAGGUCGUGCUUAAUACGCCAGAGGUCUGGAAUUAUUUUGGCCUUUCGUCAGAGAAAGUCAAUUUCGCAAAUGGAUUUUAACCAUGCACGACGCCAAAUGAACUUUCCAAUUCCCACAACUCCAACGCAGCAGAGUAAAGAUGAUCUUGACAAGAACAAAGCACUAAUUCCAAGCACUUGUGGAGAGAAUAUGACGAUGGCAUAUUCUCAGAAUUCAUUAGUUCACAAAUUAUAUAAUCGAGACAACUACUAUUUGGCGAUGCCGGGACGUGAUCCUCAAAUGGCAGGCAUGAGAAUAUUUGCAACAAUUAUGUUAAACGCCUGGCGCAAGAGACGUGAUGAAGUUAAACAUUUAAUGGAUGAAGUAGCGGAUCUAAAACGUGGCGCCAUAAAAUCCAAAAAUCAACUUCAUGUCUUUAACACUCUCUUUCGAGUGGAACAGAAACGCAAUGACGAACUAAAUUGCCAACUGAAAAGAUCGCUAGCCGACAUACAUCUUACAAAGACCUCAUGCGAAAGUUUGACGACAUCUUUGAUCAGUCUUAAGGCCGAUAAAGCUUUACUCGAACAACAAUUGCAAACCAAGGAACAGGAAUUCGAAAGUCUCAAUUCAUUACUAACACAAACAAAAUCUGAUCUAUUCAAAAGUAUGACCAUCCAAAGAGAACUACAAGCGUCCUUGUCCAUGGAACAGCGUAAAAUUCAAACAUUGGAAAAUCAAAAAAACGAACUCAUCAAUGAGAUUUGUGAUCUGAAUAAUGAAGCGAUGCAAAAAGAAGAGGGUCUACGUAAGGAAAUUCAAAUGAAAAGCACAGAAUUUUCCCAACUAAAUAACAAACUCAUUGAUGCUGAAGAGCAAAUUAAAACACUAAAACAGUCCUCAAACGAACAGUUGAGCGAGAGUAAAGCCAAAGAAGAUCGAAUGAAACAAGAAAUAGAAAUGUUGGAAAAUGAUUUAAAAAUUAUGCACAAAUGUUUGCAGGAAACUUUUGGCAGUCGUCUCAAGACUUGUUGGAGUAAUUCGUUGACUUACCAAAAAAUUACUUUGCAAAUGUUGCACUGGUUGGCGUAUUAUGUCCUGCCGGCAACGCCACCUCCAAAAAUGAAGGCCUUGCCUUUCGGUCUGUCUUUGGACAAGGCACUCAGCAUUGUCAAGCGUUAAAUAUGGUGUAUUGUUGGAUCAUGGAAAUUGUAGAUUUUCCUCAAGUUCUAUGUUUGUAUUUGUUGUACGUGCCUGUAUACUCGUAUGAAUAUGUGUGUUUUGUAGUUUAUUUAUUUUAAAUAAUUUUUUGUAAAUAUGUGAAUAUGUAAUUUUAUUUUGCCUCAUGUUUUAUAAUCAAACAAAUAAACAUUGUAUAAA